AUGACCGUCAAUGCUCCUUCCACCGACACCUUUGUGCCUCGUCCUCGCGCCGACAUUGAGGCCGACAUCCAGACUGCGCUGAGCGUCUCGGCCAACGACCGCUUCAUUGUGCGUCAUGUCGCCCGUGACGAGCCAUUCUACUACCUCGGCGACACCGCCUGGGAGCUCUUCCACCGCCUCGACCUGGCCGAGGCAGAGCUCUUCCUCCGCAACCGUGCCCAGAAGGGCUUCAACAGCAUCAUGGUGGUGCUGUUUGCCGAGCACGGCGGCCUCGAUUUCCCAAACCGCGCAGGCGAGUGGCCGUUCCACCCAGCCCCAGAGUCCAAGCCUGGCGCAUACGUUCCCGACCUGAUGCGCCCCAACCCCCGCUACUAUGACUUUGUGGACCAGGUCGUCGCCCUGGCUUCCAGCCUGGACAUGACCAUCUCGCUCGUGCCCACCUGGGGACGCUACGUCAACGGCGGAUACUAUGGCAGCCCGAUCCUGUUCAACGAGGAGAACGCGCGCGCGUUCGGCCGCUUUGUGGGCGAGCGGUAUCCAUUCCACCCGUUCAUCCUGGGCGGCGACAGUAACCGCCUCUGGAACCCCGACUUUGAAAAGACGCUCAAGUCGGGCGGCGAUAUCUUCAAGCUGCCCGUCAUCGACUUUGGAGCCAUCACCGAGGCGAUGGCGCAGGGCCUCCUCGAGGGAGAGGCGGCCGGCAUUGCUGCCCUUGAUGCGCAGCUGAAGGCUCAGGCGAGCGACUACAAGACGUUCAUCACCUUCCACUCGGCACAGGUUUGGCUUCCCGAGGGCACCGAGACUUCUGCAUCGACACAGUUCCCCGACGCCGAGUGGCUGUCGUUCGAUUGUGUGCAGACCGGCCACCACGACGGGCCCAAGCCUGGCCUUGACAAGGCGGCGUCAGAGCUCAUGGCGUCCUCGCUGUGGCACUCCAAGUCGUCAUAUGACCCCAUCCGCAAAAUGUACGCCGCUCGCCGCCGCGACGGGCGUCCCCGUCCUGUUCUGGACUUGGAAGCUCACUAUGAGUCUACACACCAAUGGUUUGACUACGCUUUCCCUCUGUGGAACGCCGACGAUAUCCGCAACGGCAUGUGGCAGGGCCUGUUUGCCGGCGCCUGUGGAUACACUUACGGCGUCAACUCGAUCUGGCAGAUGCACAACGCGUCGUCCGCCACACACCCACCUAUCCAGCCCCCUACCAACGCCAGCGUCGACUGGUACCUGGAGCUGGACCUCCCCGGCGCGUUCUAUUCCAGCGUGGCCAAGAGCGUGCUCCUCUCGUUGCCGGGCUACUUUUCCCGUAUCCCAGACCAGACCUUCAUCACAAGCGACACGCACGAGCAGGCCGGCAAGAAGGCAGGCGAUGCGCUCGUGUCGGGCAUGCGCGCCGACGGCUGGGCCGCCGUCCACCUCCCGUACGGAGGCGACGUCGAGGUGGACCUGACCAAGGCCAUCCCCGGCGCGUCGUCGUGGAAGGCGUGGUGGGUUGACCCGCGCUCUGGCGGCCGUGAGGUGUUUAUCACUGGCGACAAGCUGGGUCAGCACACCUUCUCGGCGCCAAGCGCCGGUUCGCUCACUGACGACUGGAUCCUGCUUGUUUCCGUCGACCCGUACCCCCUGUCGGCCUAG